AACUGUUCAUCCUCAGCCAUGGCCGCCAUCAGCAGCUCAAUCACAGCCUUUGCCUUGGAUCUGUUCCGGAUUCUGAGCCGUGCAAACCCAUCAGGGAAUAUGUUGGUGUCUCCUCUGAGCAUCAAGUCAGCUCUGGCUAUGGUCUACCUGGGAGCCCGAGGAGACACAGCUGCUCAAAUGGCCAAGGCCAUGUCAUUCCAACCUGGUGAAGCUGUCCACGCCGAAUUCAAGGAGCUGAUCGAAGACAUCGACUCAUCAUCGAAAUCAUUCAAUCUGAAGACAGCCAAUCGUCUGUAUUGGGACAAAAACGAAAAGUUCCUCACUGCAUACGUGGAAGACAUGCGUAAGUACUACCAGGCCGACCUGAAGAUUGUGGAUAUCAUCGGGGCCAUGGAGGCGAGCAGAAAGGAGAUCAACACCUGGGUCGAGCAGCAGACAGAAAAGCAAAUAAAAGAUCUCCUGAAGCCGGGGAUAGUCUCUGCAGAGACGAAGCUGGUUCUGGUCAAUGCCAUCUACUUGAAUGCAGACUGGAAGAACUGCUUUUAUAAAGAAGACACCGAAGACAUGUAUUUUAGAGUCAGCCAGAAUGAGACCAAAUCAGUCCGGAUGAUUAUCCAGAAGAAGAAGCUGCCCUACAAACACAUCCCUGACCACGCUCUGCAGAUCCUGGAGCUGCCGUAUGUGGAGGAGGAGCUCAGCAUGUUCAUCCUGUUGCCUGAACAGUCCACAGACGGCUCCAACUCUCUGCUGAAGCUGGUGAAGGAUCUGACGCUGGAGAGGCUGAAUGAAUGGACCGACAAGGAAAACAUGGUCGAGUCAGUGAUCCACGUUCAGCUGCCAAAGUUCAAGCUGGAGGAGGACUACGAGCUGAAACACCCUCUGUCCAAGCUGGGCAUGACGGAAGUGUUCCGCAAGUCAGACGACCUGUCUGGCAUGAACGGCGGACAGAAUCUCUUCCUGACUGAGGUGAUACACAAGGCCUUCGUGGAGGUGAACGAGGAGGGCACGGAGGCGGUGGCAGCCACACCAGCCCACGGAAUUGAGCUAAAGGUGGUUAAGGAACCCGGCAGAAAAUCUGCCAUCUCAGUUAGCUGUGGGCAGAGCGAGGGUCUGUUGUUCAAAGCAGACCACCCCUUCCUCUUCUUCGUCAGGCACAAUAAAACCAAGUCCAUCCUCUUCCUCGGCAGGUUCUCGUCUCCUCAGUAGACAGAACCAGGAGAGGAAGAUAUUCAAAUAAAAGCUUAAUCCUUUAAAUGUGGGCUUUAUUUUCUGGGGAUUAUGCCAAUUAGCUUGGUAUUUUCUUCUGUUUUUGCACUGAAAUUUUAGAGGAAGAUAUUAAUUAAUGAAAAGGGCUUAAUCCUUUAAAUGUGGGCUUUAUUUUCUGGGCUUUAUGCUAAUUAGUUUGUUUUUUUCUUCUGUUUUUGCACUGAAAUU